UCGAUUUCGCUCGGUUUCUUGGUUUUUAUAGCACCCCCGCCCAGUUGCAGGUAGGAAGUUGCAGAAAUGGGAGCCCGAUUGAGGGCACAUCCAACAAAUCAACGAAACUAGCAGGGCUAAAUUUGGGAAGACAACCUGUAGGUAUAUAUGAAGUUAUAAUAUAGAUCGACUUUUCUCUUUCUACCACGGAGUCAUCGUCAUCAUCAGCGAAAGCAAGAGUCAAAGCGGAGGUUCUUUCGUCCUCCCUCCCUCUGCGAUUCGUUCACUCUCUCUCUCUCUCUCAGUAAAUUCGCAUUUUCGAGUAAAGGACCAAGAAAGCAACAGCAAGCGCUUACGUUCAGAGUUUCUGUAACUGUGCUCCCUUGAUGCAUGAUCUGUCCCCCCUCAGCUUUCAAAUCGACUCGCACAAGUAUAUGUCCUGUUAUGAUAGAAUAAGGCUUCUGUUAUUGGUUGGAUCUAGUUUCUGUGGUGACAACCAGGGAAGAUUUUCCCGCAUUUUCCAGAAUACAACACAGCAAAUUUUCAACUUAAGAUUGUGGAUGAAAGCUUUGCACCCAAUAUAUCUGUGAUUGUGGCUAGUAAUUUAAUAUUUGUCCGUGAAAGUAUUUUUACAGAUUUGUUGGAGGGGUUUGUCUCUGAUGUUUUGUGGUCAGAUAUAAGUUAGAUUUGGUGGGUACUUUGCAAUGAGGUCUAGCUUGCAUAGCUUCAUGUAGGGUUUAGAUGCUGGAGGCAGUAUGCAGGUGAUUGCGGGGAGAAAUGCAAAGGUAUUCUGCUACCAGCUCUGGUGAUGGAGUUAGCAGCGGCACGGUUGGUGGAUCUGCUAGGGAUACUGCUCGAGUUGAUUCAUCCUUCUCGUCAUCUAACUUCUCUCUGAGUUCCAGGAGGCCAUCUCAGUUAACUUCCUACAAACUGAAGUGUGACAAGGAACCACUCAAUUGCAGACUUGGGCCACCUGAUUUUUACCCUCAAUUUCCAAACUGUCCAGAGGAGACACUAACUAGGGAAUAUGUGCAAUAUGGAUACAAGGAAACCAUUGAGGGACUUGAGGAAGCUAGAGAGAUUUUAUUAUCUCAACUUAUAACUUUCUCGAAGCCUGUAGCCCUAAAAUGCAAAGAGGCAAUCAGGAAACGUCUUAGGGCUAUUAAUGAGUCUCGUGCUCAGAAGCAUAAGGCUGGUCAGGUGUAUGGGGUGCCUCUCUCGGGUUCACUACUACUUAAGCCAGGUGCCUUUCCUGAGCAAAAACCAUGUGGGGAAGACUCCCGAAAGAAAUGGAUUGAGGGUCUAUCCCAACAACAUAAAUGCCUUCAUUUUUUGGCUGAUAAUGUCCCUCAUGGUUUUAGGAGGAAAGAUCUUUUUGAAGUUCUUAUUAGACAUAAUAUUCCAUUGUUGAGGGCGACUUGGUUUAUCAAAGUAUCUUAUCUAAAUCAGAUCCGACCUCUCUCUGUCAAUGUUUCUUCUGGGACAACAGAUAAAACACAAUUAGCCCGUACUGAUCUUUGGACAAAGGAUAUUGUUGAAUAUUUGCAGUACCUACUAGAUGAAUUCUUCUCUGUCAACAGGGAUGAAUCUCCCCAAAUUCUUUUGGCUGGGUCUGUUCACAAGGGUGACUCGUCACUGGGCCUUACUGAAAGCGAGGAACCUUCUCUAUAUUUUAAAUGGUGGUAUAUGGUGCGCAUCAUUCGAUGGCAUCAUUCAGAAGGGUUGCUUUAUCCCUCUCUUGUUAUUGACUGGGUCCUCAAUCAACUCCAGGAUAAAGAAUCACUUGAAACUUUACAGUUACUAUUGCCCAUUAUAUAUGGCUUGAUAGAGACCAUUGUACUAUCACAGACAUAUGUCCACAACCUUGUGGAAGUAGCUGUUCGUUCCAUACAAGAAUCUUCUAGUGGUUCUGAUUUAGUGGAUAAUUCUCAGAAGGCUUACAUUGCCUCUGCUAUGGUUGAGAUGCUCUGGUACUUGAUUGUUGCUGUACCUGAUACUUUUGUUGCUUUAGAUUGCUUUCCUUUACCACUGCCUGUAUUAUCUGGUGUGGCAAAUAGGAGAUUUUUCUUGUCAAAGGUAUCUGAGGAUGCAGAGAAGACUCGGAAUGGUGCAGAAGAACUUCUUACCUUGUAUGGUGAGAAAAGGCAGGUUGCUCAUCAUCAUUUCUUGACCUUUGACUAUGUUGUUUCAUCUAUUCAGAAACGUGCUGAUAAUCUUGUAAAGGCUGUAAGUCCUGUCCCUCAAGGUCAUGGUGUGGCUAAAGCUGUUCAAGCUUUGGAUAAAGCUCUGACAUUGGGAGAUCUGAAAAGGGCUUACAAUUUUCUCUUUGAGGAUCUCUGUGAUGGAUGCAUUGAAGAGAUUUGGAUUGCAAAGGUUAGCCCAUGCCUGCAAUCAUCCUUGAAGUGGAUGGGUACAGUUAGUUUUUCAUUUAUCUGCUCUUUGUUUUUCCUUUUUGAGUGGGCGACAUGUGAUUUUAGAGAUUUUCGGACUUCUUUGCCUUGUGACCUGAAGUUCACUGGCAGAAAAGAUUUUUCUCAGGUUUACAUUGCAGUUCUGCUAUUGAAGAUGAAAAUAGAAGAUAUGCAUACCUCAAAUCAGUGCAAGAAUGGGAGCACUUUUGGAGCCAAUAACCUUGGAAGGGAUGCCAGUCACCAUGAUAGUUUUUCAGGUGGGGUUACAGGAGAGAAUGUCUCUAUACGUAAAAAUAAAUCAAAGAAUUUGGGUGGAAGAAUAGAUUCAUCUGAUAUUUUUGAAAGCCCAGGCCCUGUGCAUGAUAUCAUAGUAUGUUGGAUAGAUCAACAUGAAGUUGGCAAAGGUGAAGGUUUCAAGCGCCUUCAACUUCUUAUCAUGGAACUCAUUUGUUCUGGUAUUUUUAAUCCUCCUGCUUAUGCAAGGCAGCUUAUAGUUAGUGGUAUUAUGGACAGAAGUGAAACUCUGGUUGAUCUGGAUAGACGGAGGAGACACUAUUUUGUUCUGAAGCAGCUGCCAGGGGCUUACAUGCUUGAUUUUUUGGAAGUACGGAUUGCUGAUAUCUCAGCACUAGAGGAGGCCUUGAAUGUCUACUCAAAUGAACGCCGUCUUCUGCUUCAUGGACUUCUUAGUGAUCUUACAAGCCACUCCAGGAAUGGUAAUGAUAAUAAUGUAAAUAUUGAUUUUCAAAAACAAAAAAAUAAUCCAAGUUCUGGGCAGAAUGCACCUGGUCCUUUGUCUGGUAGAAAUGCCAAAACAAAGGCCCAAGUUGCAGAAUUGAAGGAAGCCAUUUCAAUACUAUUGCAUCUUCCUAGCUCUUAUUCUACACUGCCAGAUACACGAUCUGAUGAAUCUCAAAGGAGCUGUAAGAGGUCAAUUUGGUUAAUUGGUAAGAAGAUGGAUGUUACAGAAGGAACACCUGGAUGCAAAGAAUACCGUAGAUCAAAGAAACAGAAAUCAAGUGAAGAAAGGAGCUCAUAUAUGCAAGGAUUUUCACCAAAUCCAUCAAAUGAUGAAGAUAGCUGGUGGGUGAGGAAGGUCCCUAAAUCCAUUGAGUCAUUCAAGGUUGACCCACCUCUAAAAUCAACAAAAAAUACAUCUAGAGGUCGACAAAAAAUUGUGCGGAAAACUCAGAGCCUGGCUCAGUUGGCAGCUGCUAGAAUUGAGGGUAGCCAGGGGGCAUCAACGAGUCAUGUAUGUGACAAUAGAAUAAGUUGUCCUCAUCAUAGAACUAGUAUUGAAGGGGAAGCUUCUAAGCCAGUAGAUGGGAUGAGAGCCACACAUCUUGGAGAUGUUGUUUUGAUUGGAAAAGCUUUGAAACAGCUGCGGCUGCUUGAGAAGAGGGCCAUCACAGUAUGGUUGAUGUCUUUGGUUAGGCAGCUUGUUGAGGGGUCGGAAAAAUCUGCUGCCAAGGUUGGGCACCGUACAGGGCAUUUGCCUCCUAGUGAUGACAAGAGUUCUGUGCGGUGGAAGCUCAGUGAAGAUGAGCUAUCUUCUAUAUUGUAUUUGAUGGAUAUUUCAUCUGACCUAGUUUCAGCUGUUAAAUUCCUUCUGUGGUUGUUACCGAAGGUUCUGUCUACUCCAAAUUCAACUCAUGGGGGGAGAAGCAUUUUGAUGCUGCCAAAGAACACAGAAAGCCGUUCAUGUGAAGUGGGGGAAGCAUUUCUAUUAUCGUCCAUUAGGAGGUAUGAGAGCAUACUUGUAGCAGCAGAUCUUAUUCCUGAAGUUCUUUGUGCCUCUAUGGUUCGAGCUGCUGCAGUCAUGGCUUCUAAUGGAAGGGCUUCUGGUUCAGCAGCAUUUGUUUAUGCUCGAAACUUGUUAAAGAAAUAUGGUAACAUGGUUAGUGUGGAAAAAUGGGAGAAGAAUUUUAAGGCAACAUCUGAUCAGAGACUUCUUGUUGAACUUGAAUCUGGACGAUCACUGGAUGAAAACUUGGGAUUUUCGCUUGGUGUUCCAGCUGGUGUGGAUGAUCUUGAUGAUUAUUUCCGUCAGAAAUUAAGUGGCAGGUUGACUAGACCAAUCCCGAGCAUGAAAGAGAUGGUGCAAAAGCAUGUUGAUGAAGCUAUGCAUUCUUUCUUUGGAAAAGAAAGAAAGUUAUUUGCAGCAGGUACUCCAAAAGGCCCAGUCAUAGAAAAAUGUGAUGAUGGAUAUCGCAUAGCUCAACAAAUUGUUUUGGGACUAAUAGAAUGUACUAGGCAGAACAGCAGUACAUCUCAAGAGGUGGAUCCCUUUAUUGUGGCCUCUGCUGUUUCUGCUAUUGUUGCUAAUGUAGGUCCAGCUUUAGCAAAAAUGCCAGACUUCACAGCAAGUGGUAACUACCAAAGCUUUCCAUCUCCUAUAACAUCAUUGAAUUGUGCUCGGCAUAUUUUACGCAUUCACAUAGCUUGCCUCAGUUUACUGAAGGAAGCUAUUGGAGAGCGUCAGAGCCGUGUAUUUGAGAUAGCUCUUUCCAUAGAAGCUUCUUCUGCUGUUGCUGCAGCCCUUGCUCCAGGAAAAGGCUCUCGUAGUCAGUUUCAACUGUCACCUGAAGCUCAUGAUUCCAGCACCAAUCUGUCAAAUGAAAUGUUGACUAACUAUACAAAAGUAUUUAUUGGGAGGGCCACAAAAGCUGCAGCUGCUGUAUCUGCACUUGUGAUUGGUGCAGUUGUUCAUGGAGCUGCUAGUCUGGAGAGGAUGGUAUCUGCCUUGAGGUUAAAGGAAGGAUUGGACAUUCUCCAAUUUGUGAGGAGUGCAAAGUCUAGUUCUAAUGGAAUUUCUCGUUCAGUUAGUGCUUUUAAGGUGGAUAACUCUAUUGAAGUGUAUUUGCACUGGUUUAGACUACUUGUUGGAAAUUAUAGAACAGUUUCUGAUGGGCUAAUUGUGGAGCUCCUUGGUGAACCAUAUAUAUUAGCUCUUUCAAGAAUGCAGCGAAUGCUUCCUCUUAGCUUGGUCUUGCCUCCUGCCUAUUCAAUCUUUGCUUUAAUGUUAUGGAGACCAUAUGUUCUCAAUAGUAAUACUAUAACUCAUGAUGUUCAAUUGAAUCAGUCAUUGGCUUCAGCCAUAGGUGAAGCCAUCACGCACCAACCUUUUCGGGAUGUAUGCUUACGAGACACUUGUGCUUUCUAUGAUCUCUUAGCCUCAGAUGUUGCUAAUUCUGAGUUUGUGGCUAUGCUGGAAAUGCAUGGUGCAGACAAACAUAUGAAAACCAUGGCAUUUGUACCUCUCCGUGCAAGACUUUUCCUGAAUGCAAUCCUUGAUUGUAAAAUUCCACAAUCCAUGAUCUCACAAGAUGAUGGGGUUCAGGUCUCUGGGAGUGCUGAAUCAAAAUUACAACACACGAAAAGUGAGAUAAAACUUCAGGAUCAGCUAGUGCAUGUUCUCGAUACCCUUCAACCAGCAAAGUUUCAUUGGCAGUGGGUAGAGCUUAGGCUUCUCUUGAAUGAACAAGCGCUUAUUGAAAAAAUUGAUACCCAUAAUAUGUCAUUUGUAGAAGCUAUUCGCUCUCUUUUUCCUAAUUCUGACAACUCUGUUCUUUCUGAGAAUGAAAACAAUUUCAAUGAGAUAAUCCUCACAAGAUUACUAGUCAGACCUGAUGCUUCUCCCCUUUAUUCAGAGGUAGUACAUCUACUUGGGAAAUCAUUGGAGGAAUCACUGCUGUUACAUGCUAAAUGGUUUCUGGCUGGUCAUGAUGUCCUUUUUGGACGCAAGUCUAUCAGACAACGCCUUAUUAAUGUUGCUCAAUUAAGGGGUCUUUCAACUAAAAUUCAAUUUUGGAAGCCAUGGGGAUGGCCACAUUCUGCUGCUGAUCUAGCAGCAAGCAAAGGAGAGAGAAAGAAAUUUGAAGUGAGCUCCCUUGAAGAAGGGGAAGUUGUGGAAGAAGGCAUUGACUUUAAGAGGCUGGGAAGGGUGACCACCCAAAUCUUGGAUGCUGAAGUGUUCAAUUCCAGUCAGCAGUAUGCAACUGAGAGAGCUCUCAUUGAGUUGGUUCUUCCUUGCAUAGAUAGGAGUUCCAGUGAGUCGCGCAAUACAUUUGCAAAUGAAUUAAUCAAACAAAUGAAUAAUAUUGAGCAACAAAUAAAUGCAGUUACCCAUGGCAUAAAUAAGCAGGCUGGAGCAGUUCCUUCUGGGAUUGAAGGCAGCACAAGCAAAAGCAGCAGCCGCAAAGGAACAAGGCAUGGCAGUCCUGGUUUAGGUAGGCGAUUAAUAGGACUAUCUGAUUCUGCACCACCCUCAUCUGCAGCAUUGCGAGCUUCAAUGUGGUUGCGAUUGCAAUUCCUCCUCAGGUUUCUUCCACUCAUUUAUGCAGAUAGGGAAUUGUCUAGCAGGAACAUGAGGCAGAUGCUUGCUUCUAUCAUACUUCGUCUGCUUGGAAGUCGGGUGGUGCAUGAGGAUGCUGAUCUAUCAUAUCAGAUACAAAGUUCUCCAUCCAAAAGAGAGGUGGAGUCUCCAAUGGAACCAGCAGUCAUUGCAUCGUUGGAUCUAUCUGGUGACAGCCUAUUUGAUCGGUUCUUGUCUAUCCUGCAUGGGUUGCUGAGCAGUUGCAAACCAAGAUGGCUGAAGCCCAAGUCAGCCUCCAAGUCAACCGUCAAAUCUCCUAGGGAUUUUUCUGUGUUUGAUCGUGAGGCAGCAGAGAGUUUACAGAAUGACUUGGAUCACAUGCAAUUGCCCGAGACGAUACGGUGGCGGCUCCAAGCCGCGAUGCCAAUGCCCCCUCCUCCAUCAUUCUCCAUUACGUGCCAACCACCUACUAUCUCAAGUGCAGCUAUUGCGUCGCUGCAAUCUCCUGUGUUCCAACAUGGAAAUUCAAAUCUGCCCCAGAAGAAUCUAUUACCUUCUUCACGAGCACCUGCAAGCAUUCUUGGGAAGUUGAAGCAGUCGCAAACUCAGGACCAAGUCAUGGAAGUUGACCCGUGGACGCUGUUGGAAGAUGGGUCAGGGUUAGGGUCCUCUUUGAAUAAUAACAGUGGAGUGGGUGCUACUGGUGACCAUGCAAAUCUAAAGGCAUGCAACUGGCUAAAAGGAGCUGUGAGAGUGAGGAGGACUGAUCUUACUUAUAUUGGGGCUGUAGAUGAUAGAUGACAAGUAAAUUCAAUUACUGUUAGUUGGCUUGGCGAGAAUUGGGCAGCUUUCUCAGUGGGUACAGGCCCUCCUUGCUUAGUUAGAUGGUUGGUCACUUGGUUGGCAAUGAGAGCUGUUUGAGGGGAAGGGGAUGCCUACAGGCUACAGAGGGCAGGUGCGAAUGGGAUUGUAGGCAGAGAUGUCCAGCCGACUGGUUCUAGACCUUGUCUGAGAUUUAACCCUUCGAGGGAUCCUCCUGUCACCUCGCAAUGCCGACCCCAAGCAGGUUCGGUUGAGAGGCUGUUGUAUUUGUAUAUAUAAAGAUCUUUGUUAUAUUUUUCUCCCCAUUGAGAUGAAAAAAAAAAAAAAUCUCAAGAAUGAUAUGUAGCUUUCAGGUCGUCAGUUCCAUCUCCAUCUCUCUCUCUCUCUCUCUCUCUCUUGCUAAUUUGGCAUUGCAGCUAACCCGUACUGCAUGCGCUAGCAAGCAUUCCUUGAGAAUCUACUUGUAUAUGUUUAUUUUUUGGUGCGAAGUGCCCUGAGAUUUGGGGCCUUUAGCCAGACCGUUCACAGUUGUAAAACCCUGGACCCUCAGCUAUUACGUGCCACCAUGUCUAGUGCGCUCAUGAUUGUUGUGUUCAUAA